GAACACCUUAAUGCGUCUGUGAACUCGAUGCAGUGGAUCAAAACCGUGAACACCUAACGCGUCCUUGAACUCGAUGCAGUGGAUCAAAACACACCGCUUCACUUCUAGGGUUCACGGUCAAUGGCUCAAGUUCACGGUCUUAGAGACCGUGAACUCCCUUGGCGUCGGUAACCUCUGAAACCUUGUUGGAUGCUUCGUUGUUCACAGUUUGAGGUUCCAGUUCAUGGUCUUGGGAGACCCUGAACUACGGCUGCUUCAUGGACAUUUUUUUUCACUUUUUGGCACUUUUCGACCUCCAAUCGAUCCAAAACUCGUCAUUGACCUUCCCACACGUUCUACGACCUGAAAUGUAUCAAAACAAGCCCAACCUAGCGUGAUAGGUCGAGGGACGAUGAAAUGCAAAGCCAAACUAUCAAGAUAUGAGGGAUAAAAUGUGUACAAUUGGACCCGAAUCAGCGCCACUGGACAAGAAUCUCAACCGCACUCUCCGACUCUUGGCUCGUGAAUGGGAACUUGUGGAAGCAAGAAGAAGGAUAGAGGAGAGGGGACAACCACAAUUUGGUCAUGAAGUUGAAGGUGUUGCAGUUGAGGAAGAAUUUGAAUCCAAAGAGGAAGGAAGUGAAGCCGAGAUGGUGGCUAAUCAAGAAGCUCAAGCGGAAGUUGCGGAGCAACCGAGGACCAUGGGCUAUUACAUGGCUCCACGGGCAGCGUAUACCAACCUACCAUUUUAGAUCCACCCAUGGCCGUCAACAAUUUUGAGAUCAAGCCCGACCACGUCACAAUGAUCCAAAACAAUGUGUGAUUCGGGCCCAAUUGUACACAUUUUACCCCUCAUUUCUUGAUAGUUUGACUUUGCAUUUCAUCAUCUCUCGACCUAUUUUACGCUAGGUUGUGUUUUUUUUUUUGUUACAUUUCAGGUUCUAGCACAUGCGAAAAGAUCGAGGACGAGUUUUGGGUCGAUUGGAGGUCGAAAAGCGCGAGAAAGUGAAGAAAAGUCCAAAGACAGUUGCAUCGUGACCGUGAAGCACCAAAGUUCCAGAACAGUUUGCACAUCUCUCUGGAGCCCAACCAGUUCACGGUCACAAGACUGAGAACUCCAACCCCAGACCGUGAAGUGACUUAGUGAAACGAUGCGAAUCUGCUCUACUGAACGGUCCAGGACGAAUGUUCACGACCGUGAACUAGGACCGUCAACAGGCGGAAGAAGGAGAUUGGGCUUGUCCUAAACUAGAGGAGUAAAGAUUCUUACCUCUC